AUGAGCGCAGCCCUGCAGAUGACAGCGUUCGGUCUUGCUCUUCUCUCAACCCUCUUCCUGCUCCUGGCCACAGGCACUGACUGCUGGAUGGUGAACGCUGAUGACAGCUUGGAGGUGAGUCACAAAUGCCGGGGGCUCUGGAGGGAGUGUGUCACCAACAUGCAGGAUGGGGUCAGGACCUGUGACCAGUAUGACUCCAUUCUGGCCGAUCAUCCAGUGAAGAUCGUGGUGACACGGACCCUGCUGAUCACAGCGGACCUCCUCUCUGGCCUGGCUUUGGCCAUGCUGCUCCUUGGGCUCGACUGCAUCAAGUUCCUCAAGGAAGAUCCUCGUGUCAAACUCAAGAUGUGCUACGGGGCUGGCAUCAUCCUCGGCGUUGGGAGCAUCCUGGGUCUCGUGGGCUCCGUGUGGUACGCGGUGGAUGUCUACGUGGAGAGGGCCAUGCUGGUGUCUCACAACAUAUUCCUGGGAGUCCACUAUGACUUCGGUUGGUCGUGCUGGCUGGGGAUGGCCGGCUCGACUGGCUGCCUUGGGGCAUCUGUGCUGCUGACCUGCUGCCUCUGCGCCUGCACAGAUCCCAGCCGCCACCAGCAACCCCAGAGGCCUCCUCAGCCCCGGGUCCGAACGGCCACCAGCAAGAUGUACGCCAUGGACUCCCGCGUGUGA